GCAGCGCGGCCCCGCCGCGGCCCGGCAGAGCGCGGCGGCCGUGCAGCAUGCUGGACCCGGAGGGCAGUGUGGAGCACCAGCCUGCCUCCUCCUUCCCCAAAGUCCUCCUCAUCCCUCUAGCCAUGCUCCUCGCAAUUGCAGCGCUCCUGCUCUUAGCCUUUUCCGCUACGCGGCAGAAGGAGCCUGAUUUUUACACUUUCAAAGUUGUAAACAUCAGGGGCAAGCUUGUGUCUCUGGAGAAGUACAGGGGCUCGGUGUCUCUAGUUGUCAAUGUUGCAAGUGAGUGUGGGUACACAGACAGCCACUACAAGGCCUUACAGCAGCUGCAGAGAGACCUGGGCCCAUACCAUUUCAAUGUGCUGGCAUUCCCCUGCAAUCAGUUUGGGCAGCAGGAGCCAGACACCAACAAAGAAAUUGAGAGCUUUGCACGAAAGACUUAUGGUGCCUCCUUCCCCAUGUUCAGCAAAAUCACAGUCAGUGGAGCUGGUGCAAUUCCUGCCUUCAAGUACUUAAUUGAUUCUACAGGAGAAGAACCAACCUGGAACUUCUGGAAAUACCUGGUGGACCCCAAUGGGAAAGUAGUAAAGGCCUGGGACUCUACUGUCUCUGUUGAAGAAAUAAGGCCACAUGUUACAGAACUUGUAAGGAAAAUCAUCCUGAAGAAGAAAGAUGAAUUAUGACUUUCAAAAAUCCCAGCAUGCCAAUUGCAGCUUAAUUGAGCAUUGAGGCUGGACUUUGUCUUUUCACGUUCCGAAAGAGAGGAUAUAGGGAAAGGGAAUUAUGACUAGUUGAAUCUGUAUUCACUAUCUAAGAAUGUAGAAACCAGCAAGUUAACAUGUUCAAAAGAAUAUUAUAUUUUUCUCUGACCAAAUUCGGUUUGAGUUUUCUAGGAAAGAGCAAAUCUUCAGCAAUUGUUUCUUCCCCAAUUCAAUCAUUAGUUGUUGGUAACACUAAAGGAAGUUAGUUCGUAUAGGAAGAAAGAUGAGAAUAAUGAGAAUGUCCUAGUUGGAAUCUCCCUGAUAUCUGCAAAUCUGUUGUCAUAUUUUGAUUGCAAAGUGAAUAAAAUAAACAAGUGAAAAAAGUGCAUGAUUGACUUAAGGCAUGUGCCAGGAAGAAGGCCAAAACAGAUACCUUCAGACCAGGCAGAAUUUGAAUGUUCCAAUUACCACAACCAAACAUAGCUAAUUUCAGCUGUAUAGAAAGUUUACAAGAGCAUUAAUAUACAUCUAUAAAGCUUAAAUGAAAGAAAUAUGAAGACAAAGGCCUUAUAAAAAUUCUCCAGAAGCCAUGAGAAGAAUUUCUGCAUUUUUCACCAAGAUUAUCAGAUGAUAUUUAAAUAUUCAUUUGAACAUCUGUAGGACCAAAGUCUACAUGAAAUGGCUAUUUCUUUGUUCCACUAGCAUUCUGUCUUAGAAUUACUCUCCCCUCAUAAAACUGAUGUUAAAUUUAUUUUUCAAUUUAUGACACUAUCCAAUUUUGCUACAUGUACAGAAAAACAUCAGACAAUCAAAAUAUUUUUUCUAUGGAAAUAAUUUUUCAAAUAUUUAAUUCUUGCAUAAUGUUAUAUAGCUUAAUACUACUUUAGUGUUACAAAUGCUUAAUGGAGCCUUUUUCAACUGUAGUAGUCAGGUACCUGCUCAGAUUUCAGAAGUCCCUAGCUCAUGCUAAAAUAAUAGCACUAACAUUUGCAGCCUCAUUGUUCCUUGACAGAAACCCUUUGAAAAUCUUGUCAGGAAGAGCUCUUUUUAUCUCAACAGAAACCCAAUGUUCCCAUCCUGUUAACCUCAGAAUGCCUUAAGAAGAAUCUAGCCUUAUCCAACUGCAGUAUUAUUGACGAGUAAAAGCCUUUUUUGUGCUUUCUGAUGCUUUCAAGUAGCCCAAACAAUGUUUGUCCAUACUGUUGUCAGGGUCCACAUGUACAAAUAAGCCUUAAGUGACCUGACCGUGUUGAGGAGUUUUCCCAGCUCCUCAGUGCCAUUAGAGAUCUUCAGCAUCCAAACAGGCUCUUGUUGAAAUCAAAGGCAAAUAUUAUGGGAUGGCCUGGCUCACAGGACAAGAGGGGAAAGAAGAAUACUGACUGGACUCAUUCUGUGGAGUUCUCCAUGGAAGUAAGAGCUCCAGGGACUUUAGGAUUUGCAGGAAGAACAUGAAGGGCAGAGAUUAUACGGCACAAAACAAUCUCAAAUUGCCUGAAAGAAGCUGAGAGCAAGUUUUUUUAAGUUUUAGUGAAAAAAAAAAAAAAAAGAGGGUGGAAGAGAGAAUAAAAGGAAGAAAUAAUAGAAGAACAUGAGUAAAAGGAGAAAUCAAGUAUAAAAGAAAUGAGAAGGAAAUGAAAAGACAGUUUGCAGACAAAUAAUCUUUGGGACAAAAGGGGCAUGGAAAUGUUCAAGUCUGAACAUUGAUACUAAUGAGUACGUUCCAAGCUCUAUUAGCUACUUCUGACUUGAACUGUAACAUAAGAGUGCAGGAAAUUGGUGCUUGUGGCAGUGAAUAUCUGAAUAUCUCUAUUUUCAUCCUCUGAUGGUGAGAGAAGUGAACUCUAUGCCUGAUUCAGUCAUUUAAUCCAUUCUUACAUGGAUCACUCUAAGACAAUGGUUGCUAAGGAUAUCACAAAGGAAGGAAAAUCAGGCCCAUCUGAUACUGUGCAGGGGCAGAGAAUCCAACUCCUAAAAGAAGAGGUCUUUUUUUACUCCACAGACUGUUUCUCUUUUCUCUGUCGUUUGAUGCUAAUGCAAUGCCCCAGCACACUGUUAGCAUGUGCUGCAGGGCUUAAAAUUUUAUCCUUAGAAAGCUUGUUUCUAUUUUAUAUCUAAAGCCUGGAUGAGACCAAACCAGGCUAUGAAAAAUGUUUUAAGCCUUUUCUAUUUCCAUUUUGUGUGUCUAACUUCAAACAGAACUCUAGAUUUACAUAGAAACAAUCUUCUAUUUUCUAUUAGACAAGUUGAACAAGUCUAAAGAGAUAUAAGGGCAAGGAUCUGUUGGGAAAGUUUUGUCCUAUAUGGACAAAUAUUGUUUGUGCUGCUUUUAAAAGCAUUACAAGACACAAAAAAAAAAAGCUUUCAUUUGUCAAUAAUACUGCAGUUGGACAAGACUAGAUUGUUUUUAAAGCAUUCUGGAGUUAAGAGCAGGGGAACCUGAGCAUUAUGUGUUUGUUGAGAUAAAAAGAGUUCUUCCUGACAAGAUUUUCAAAGGGCUUCUGUCAAGGAACAAUGAGGCUGCAAUUGUUAUUAUUUUAGUGUGAGUGAAGAAUUUCUGCAGUCUGAAGUCUGAGCAGAUGUCUGAGUGCUAAGAAUAACUCCAGACUGAUGCUGUCAGAAUUGGUGUUCUUACAAGUUUGGCCAUUUAAAGACAACUAAGGUAAGUAUUACCUAUGCAAGCCUUGAAAAACAACAUAUUUUAACAGCCACAUGAUUUUAAGCACAUAACUACUUUCUCUGAAUUUAGCAGAUACAUUUUCCUUAUUAAAUUAGGCAUGGCAUAGAUUCCAUCCUUUGUUGCACUAAAUCAGUUUAUAGAAUAAAUGCUUUGGCCUUUUAAUCAACGUUCUGGAGUAAAAGUAAAUAUUCUCAGUUGUAGAUUAAUACAUAUAUGCUCACACUGUAAGUACUUCAUGACUCCCUGCUCAGAAAAAUUGCAAAUCAAAUUGCACUGGGUUGAAUUUGACUGUUGAGACUAUGGAGAGAACAUGCAGAGAUCAGAAAUUACUUUUUUUGCCUUAUGAAUUCCAGCACUGUUUUAAUCUGACAAAGGUCGUCCCUACAGCAAGUUCUGAAAACUGUAAACCAGCUCUGAAUCUAUAGCAUGAGACUAUUUUUCCUUGCCACUUAUCUGCUUUGCAGAGAAAACAGCAGUGUAUAUUAACAGACGAGCACAUUGAUGCACAGAGAACAAUUGCCUUGAUCAUCUAAGACUCGAUCUCCUGCAGUUUGCACCUUUAAUGGUGUUAACUCUUGGCCUGUUGAUUUAAACUUUAAGCAACCUGAACACUAAUGUAUGCAGCCAUGUUCCCCCUCUGACAUGCCACAGGGAAAAGAAAUCAUUUUAAAGCCUAAAUAUAAGUUUAAAAUUAGACAGGGUGCUUUUGAUAUUUUGAAACUUUUUCUCAUAAAGAAUGGAAUAAUCAGACCUACAUGAAACCAAAGCUCUGUUUUGGAAUGGAACAUGCUACAUUGAAAUAGAGCAAUUGAAUGAAGCAAUAGACAGGGGUUUAAGCCUCCUUUUUUGGCAUUAUAAGGAGAACAAAGCCAAAUACAUGAGUUAUCCUGACAGUCACAUCUGCUGUCUUAGACAGGUGCUGGGGAUGUUUCACUUGGGUUCCUAUAGUGAUUUUAGUCAGACACUUCAGUGGCAAACCAGACACAAUUUCUUUGUGCUGAUUGGUACUCCUUUUAUCCUUUCAAACACAAUAGCAUCUCAUUCAAGAAAUUGCUGAUGUUAGUCAGGAUUUUCAGAAGACUGGACAUCUCUUUGGUGAAGCAAAAAAAAAUUAUGCUACCUUUAAUUAUUGAAUCAACCAAAUAUAUUAUGUGCAGAGAUAAAUCUAUACUCAUCUACUCAUAGAGACAGAUGGAAUUUAACAAGCUUAUUUCUGAUUCAUUCACAGAAAGUGUCAAGUAAGCAGAAAAAUCAGGUAUUCUCUGUGAUAAUUAACAAAUUCUGCAGUAAAAGCAUCAGUGACAAAACACAAAGGAGUUUACAAACCUUUUGACAGAUGAGAUACUGAAAUCACCAGAUUUGAGGGCUAAUUCUUAACCAUAUUAAUGCUCCAUAGCAGAGACAUGCAAAGAGCAGAAGAAAAUCACUGAACUGUACCAAACAUCAUCUCAAAGCUGGUCUGUGAUCUGGUGCUACACAGCUGAUCCAUCUACCUAGGCAGCUCACAAACACAGUGAUGCCCACCAUAUAGGAAAAGAAAUAACAAAACAUCUUUUAUGCCAACUCUGCAGCACCCUGGCACAGACAUCAGAGGAGCCUUUCCUAGUGACAGUGGCUGCCCUUUUCCAGCUGUCCCUGCACAGCAGCUGAAGGCAGCCCCAAGUAACUUUCCAUCCUUAGCCUAGAAAACCUGACCCAAGCCAUCAGUCCACCUGCCCAAGAGAUAAGAUGGGUUGUUUUAUCUCAAAGCACUGCACAAUACCUGCUCAACAAGAAGAUCUUCUAUAGUUAUUCCUGGAAACAAGAACAAUUGAAGGAUCACUGUGAUUUGAGUGAGCCGACAUGUAUUCUGGAAGGUAAGCACAGAUGUGAAAGUUUUCAAGGUGAUUCUGCUGAAGGAAAUUCUUUUCCCCCACUCAAGCAGAACUAACAGCAUCUACCUAGUCAGGGACAGAUUCUUCCCCAAGCACUAGUUGAUGGAACAGUGGCAGUAGAAGGAAAUAAUAAUAUUCUAGAACAAUAGAAAAGACUGGAGCACAAUUUUGUAGAGAACAAACUUGGUAAUGCCCGAUCUGUAAUUGCAGUUCUGUGGAACCCUUCCCCAUCAGACAAAAAUUACAGAUAUUGCAGCUUCAGGGAGCUGUAGUUUUAGCUUCCUUAAGUGAAAGAUGCAGUAAGAAAGCUGUUAGUGUAUUAUAUAAAACAGUCCUCUGUUUUUUAUGUCUCCAUUGCCCUAAAGGCAUUUUUGUUUCAUCAUAAAUUGUGCUUUCAUCUGAUUUGUAAGAUGAACCAUUAUAUUUUUCUUUAUCACACAAGAAAAUCUGACAAUAAUAAAUAAAGAACAGCUGGCAAGGAAAAUAUCCAAAACCCACAGAUUGUUUAUCUAUCCUUUGGAAAAGGGCACAAUAGUCAAACCAUUCCUUGUAAGUAAAGAACUUGCUGAAUUCCCUGUUUAAAUUAUAAAUCAGCUUCUCUAACCCUUAGUUAGAGUCACAUCACUCAUUCUGAUUUGUCAUUACUUCUGUAUUCAAAAUACUUCUUAUUUUAUUACUGGUAUUUUCCUGUCCCCUGGAGAGACCACUAACCACUAGAGAUAUGUAGGGAAAUGUUUUUCUGGCAUAUAAGCAUUUUAGAUUUGAAAUCUCUUCCAUAUCCAGGCACAGUAUUUUACAUUUUCAAGCAAAAGGAACCCCUAAACUGUCACUUUGGUUAAGCUGAAACAUUUAGCUGGAUACAACUGAUGAUAAAUAUUUCAAAGCUCAUAUUCAUGUUUUCAAACUUUAUAAAUAAAAUAUUAAAAAUGAAAAUAAUUUCAAACCAAGAAAUAAAAUCUAAAUGCCAAUAUAAAAAGCUUUGAUGAUUUUAAAACUUAAAAAAUUUAUUUUGUGAAUUUUGUCAAAACAUAUUUUUUUACAAGUUUCAACUUAGGGAACAGUUUGGUUUAAAAAAAUGACAAUUCUUGUUCUUUUGUAAAAGUCUUACUAGCUUCAGAGACUACCAAUCUAUUCUGCUUUUAGCUAUACUGAUGUCAACAGGAAUAUAUCAUUGAGUAAAAUUGCAAUAUCAAGUCUCUCUCUGAUUAUAUGAAUCACUUGGUUUUAUUGAAUACUGGGAAUUGCAAGACACCAUUUCUAGUUGUUUACUGCAUGCUCAGUAAAUGUGUUUGUCGAGCCAUUAAGAGAUUGGGAACAAAUUCAUCGAAACAGUUUCAGAAAACCAAAGCAUUUCAAAGAACUGACUUAAAAAUAAUAUCAUGUGAAUAAUUAAUGCAGUUAACAUGUACUCAGCAUAAUUUUAAUUAUUUAAAUGAAGAAAGGAUGUAAACCAGAUCUCUUUUUAAGAUUUAAGAAGGUAAGAGACCACUAAUAGACAGCCAGUUGAUAAGGGAUUAACUUUUCCCAAGUUUCAGGUGGGAAAUUGUAUGCAAUGAAAAGAUGUCCUUGUAUGUACAGAUGGAAAGUUGAGGAUAAAUUAUUUCUAUGGCAGAGGAAGAUUUUAGAACAGAGGCAUAGUUUUGUUAUCAAGCUCUAAUAAAUAGCUGAAUUACUGCAGCUAUGGCAAGUGGAUGUAUCUGUAUCUCUGGAUAUAUGAGGAUGUAUAUGUAUUUCUGUCAUCUACUGUGAAAUUUUUCUGCCCUGUGAAUAUUUAAUCUGGUCUGACAUAGCUCUCUGUCAAUUGUAUCUGUCAAUUUAAAAUUCAUUGUUUUUCUAGCCUUUUACCUCUGACAAUUUCUUUUGAUUCUUUUCCUUGAUGUCUCCUUCUGACAUAAUUAAAGCUUGGUAGCCCACUCCA